UACUACUGUGAUCCAUUUUAUAUAGUUCAAUUGUUCGGCUAAAAGGAAUAUAUAUGUUAAGAUUUUUGAUAUAAAAACCAACUUACUCUCCAGAAUGGUUAUAUCAUUGCAAUUCAUGCUGCCAUCAGGAGCAUAUCACAAACAUUACCAAUUUUCCUGAACCUUGUAAGCAUUCACUAGUAGCAUUCUCCUUAAUCUCCUCAAUUUACCUCACUUUCCCUUCUCCCCCAUGAAAAAGCUGGUUCCCAACUCAUCAAUUCAGUACUCAUUUGCUCUAUCACAGCCAUGCAGCCCUCAUAUUUUCAAAAUUACUAUAUUCUCACAACUACAAAAAAAGAGGAGAAAACAAAAAGGAACCAAAAACUACUAAAUAAAGUUCAAGCUAUCUUGCAGUUGCUUUUUCCUCCUAGAAUAUGUUGCACUGCAGUAGAAAAAUCAGAGAACUGUGGCCAAAAUAUUCUUUAAUUAAUUCUUCACUCUGUGUAGUUUUGUUGUCAGUCUGUACAAAGAUGGAGCCCUUAUUUUUUUAUUUAAAUUCAGUUUUAAGGUUUGCUUUUUCAAACUUUUUAAAUUUAGUUUUAUUUUUGAAUUUCUGAGACACAUAUUGUUCAAAACUCAAAGCUGUAUACAAAGUUCUACUUAAAGAAAUCCCAUUUCCGUGUCUACACGAUCCACCACAUUCUCAACCAACUGUAUAGGUGACCAUCUCCACUUGAUUCCAAUUUAUCCAUACUGUGUUUGUUUUUGCAAAAAUGAGUGUAUAUGAAUAAAUGCAUAUAUGCACACAUUGUCCUAUUUCAUCCUCUAUCUCACACAAAGGUAGAAUACUAUAUAAUUUCUUUUUCACCUUGCUAACUACCUAACAAUAUGUCUGGAAUCCCAAUAAAAUAGUUAAUGGACACCUUUCCCAUUGAUUUUUAUGACAUUUUAGUACCUCAAUUUUUUGCUGUAUCUUGUUUAUAUACAACUAGCCACCAGGACAUGGACCUUUUCAUAAUUUGUAAUAAUUUGCUGGAUACAUAAUGCCCCAUGCAUAUUGCUGUACAAAUAAUGCCCUUGUAUGCAUAUGGUUUCCUGUUUGAGGUGUAUAUUUAAGGUGUAUUUCUACAAUUGGUAUUGAUGAGUAAAGCAGUAAAUAUAUAUACCAUUUUACUAUAUGUUACAAAAAUCCCCUUCAUAAGGAUUGUAACAUUAUGCACUCCCACUCCUUUCCAAGGACACUGUCAGCUGAUAUUUAGUUCAAUAUACUUAAAAGUAUAAAUGUUUGUACUAACAGAGAUUUUUAUCUUUUAUACGUGGUAGCACUAAAAGCAAAUACCUGUUAUGUAGCCAGUAUGUUUUGGAUAAUUGAUUGACUUUGUAUUUAUUGGUUUAAAUUAUUGUUAACAUUGCAUAAAUGUAUAUGUCUGCAUAUGUAAAUAUUAACCAGUAUAAUCCAAUUUUAGAUAGCAGGCUCAAACAGGGUCUACGUAAUAUCUGUUAUUUGAGUAGUUUAAAUUAAAAUUCCAAGAAUUUAUGGGCUGAUUUUAUAGCAGUUUUUGAAUGUUCUAGAGAAAAUCAUUUGUAGUGUUGGAUAUGUUCUUCAGAAGUGCCAUUUAAAUGUCAUCUUAAAAUAUACUUUGAAAAAUAAUCUGAGAAAUUUCCCAUUCAAGGAAAGUUUUGAUUCUGUUUCAGUCUCCACUGAUAUUUUCCUCUUGAAUGUGACGUUGAAGUGUAAUAUCUCUUUAUAUUUUCCUUAGGUCGGGAAAGGCCCAGACAUCUCAACAUUGACGAUUACUGGGAGAGCUUCCUCAAUAAGACUUCUGCGUUCAAGAUUGGUGGUUUGAGUCGGACACAAGGAAUUGCAUUGCCUCCUAAAGGGAAUGUAGAUAUCCCGGUGUUAUUUAUCCCCAAAGUUAUGAAAUUAUACAAGACAAUGGUCAUUGUUCGAAUGAUAAGGGCAAAUAGAAGAAGUUGGCUUAUUGACAAUUUUGAUGAAUUGCACACAGAGAUGAAAAGAUAUAUGGGAAUAGACAGCAGAGAAAUGCAAGCGAUACACUGGGUGUACCCUAUUCUUGGACUCCCACAGGCACCACAUCCUAAACCUCCUCCAGUUGUCAUAACAUGUCAAGCCCGGAAGCGGGUAGAAAAGGAUGUGGAAGUCACAAUGACUGGUGAUUUUGGGGGAGAAAAUCCUAUCUUAGAACCGAUGGAUUUUGUAGUGAUUCCAAAAAGAACCUCAUAUGAUUCUUAUGAAGAUGUCAAUGAAUUGUCUGGAAGACGUGAAUUUGAAUAUGAAAUUCAAUUUGAAUCUGAAGUUGAUAAGUCUAACUUGGAAUCUUGCUUGGCUUUAUAUUUGAUCAAAAAAUCUUAUAGUAUCAGUGCUGAAAAGAUAACAUUGGUCUUCAUUGUGAUAUUUGCACCAAAGAAACCAUUGAGGUCUCAUAUUUCACUGAAAAUAGAGUGCAUAACAGAUGGGAUCUGGAAGUUUCCCAUAACGUUAGUUGCUUCUCAGCCUGAUGUGGACGAUGUCAUUGAUAUUGAAGGAGUUGGUUUAUUUAAGGAAUCUACUAUUGACUUCAGGCUGACAAGUCAGACAAGACAUCCUGAGCCAUUCACUGCAUACUUCCUACCUGGCAGUGAUCCUGAGUUUUUUGUAAAACCUCAGGUUGGAGAACUUCUUCCUUUUAACACUAGAGGAACUGUCAUCACUGUGGGAUUUAAACCGCAAAUGUACAGUAAGAAAUACAAAGCAAAUUUAGUAGUACAGACAGAAAAUAUGUACCAGUUGUACAAUGUCAAUGGGUUGCCUCAAGCUACCGAGCCACCAAAGAAUGUAAAAGCCAAAGUUGACACUACUAACAAGAUUUUUGACAGCAAGCCAGUUCAGCAGACCAAUUUUAUCCGUGAAAAUGCUAAACUCAUAAGGACAGGGGUGUCCUCUACCAUCAAGGGUGCUCCUUUGAUGUUGAAGAAUAAAUAAAAAAUCAUUUUUUCCAAAAUAUUUCUUGGUCUUAAGUAGAAUUGGACGGAUUUUCAUGAAUGCUAUUUCAUCUUUUGGAAUGUUUCUGAGGAAUAAUGUUUCAAUUAUAAUAGGCCUUCUAUAUUUUUUAAAACAUUGACUAAAUCUAUUCUCUGAAUAUGUUAUACCUAAUUUCUGAGUUAUGUGUAUGUUUUAAAAUGCAAAUACUGGGUUGCAAAUAUUGAGAUCGUCUUAUUUUUAAAGUACAAGAGUACAUUUGUAGUAAAACUGAAAAAUGAUUUCAACUUAAAAAUCCAUGCACAGAAGUGUACGUAGGCCAUAUGCUCCUAUAGUGAGUCUUUAAAUAAUAAAGGUAUAUUUCAAAAUGAUCCAGGGAAAAGUUCAUUUUCUGAAAGUAAAGAAAAAUAUGUUGCUUAGUACUUAUCAUUGAGCGGAAAUAUAAUAAACAGCUAAUGUGGACCAUCUUUAAGACAAUUUGACACAAAAUGACUGGCUCUGCCACGAAUCAUUCACAUGAUCUUAAGCAAGUGGCUUAACUUUUUUGUAUCCUGUUUCCUUGUGUGCAAAAUAAAAGAACUGUAGUAGGACAAGAGUUGGCAAACUAUAGCCCGUGGGCCAAACCUAAUCUGCCGCCUAUUUUUAUACAGCCUACUGGUAAGUAAGGAUUUUUAUAUUUUUAAAUGGUGGAACAAAUCAAUGGAAGACUAUUGAGUGACACAAGAAAAUUACAUAAAAUUUAAAUUUCAUUGUCUAUAAAUAAAGUUUUAUGAGAACACAGCCACAGUCAUUUCUUUCUGUAUUGUCAGUGGCUGCUUUUAUGCUCUAACAGCAAAGUUGAGUGGACAGAAAGCAUAUAGCUGCAAAGCUUAAAAUAUUUACCCUCUGGUACUUUAUAGAAAAAGUUUGGCAACCUUUCUUGGCCUAUAGGAACCACUGCGAAUGGGUUGAUCAUAAUUUCUCCACAUGGUGUUAAGUAGAAUUCUGGGGACACAUCUGUGGGAUCAGUUAUUCUUGUCUGCAGUGAUUGAAGUAGAGGAGAGUGGAGGCCCAUGUACCCUAGAUUUGCCAUCCCUAGAAAGGAUAAGAGCUAAAAUUCUGUGAAUCUCUAAAAGCCCUUCUUGUUCUCUGGCCCUCUAAAGAUGUUUCUUUGAGUACAGAGACAGAGCAUUUGUCUGUCCUUUCCUCUGCUGUACUGUGUAUGUAGGGGGUGGCAGGGUGGUCAGUCUCUGAGUAUAUUUCUCUCAAAGCCUUCAGAAGACCUCUCGAAAUCCUUAGGAAAGUAAAAUCACAUUUGCCAUAAUGUACCUAAGUACAUUAGAUCUCUAAAGAUCUAAUUGCUUUGAUGUUUUGGUGUUUACGGUAAUGCACAAUAUUUAAAUAAUCUUAUACCUUUUUAUAUUAAGCCUUCUGAGAAUCACAAUUGCUCUCCAAUCUGGAAUGCUCCAAUACUUGAAAUUAAGGUACCCAGAACGGAGUGCAUUUGGAUUUGACUUUUCUUCAUCAGAGACGGGAGUGAGGAUGAGAUAUUGGGAGACAUGCUAGUAACUAUUUCAUGUUGUGAAUAUUUCAAAAAUGCUUAAAAUUUUGAUGCUAGGUUGUUAUGUUUCAAAUUUUAUUCUGGGUAUUACCUUCUUCAGAAGAGGCAUCUGUAAUUUGAAAUGUCAGUGUGCUAUUAUUUGUCCAAAUGAAAAUGAGGUGGGGACAACUCAAGUAGACAAAACUGAAUAGUGAAGAAAAUUCUAAGAAUCCAAAGCUGUCAGAAAAGGAUGCAGGAGGAGGAAACUAAUGCAUUGUAUACUUCAGAAUAUUUCUUAGUCCAGCACUUGUGAAUGUCAAUGGCUUUUAAAAUCAAAGGGCAUCAAAUCAAUUUAGACAGAGCAGUCACAUGGGGAGUAACCAGAAAAAGGUCUAAUAAUGUCUACAGACUUCUUCCUUAACUCUCAGAGAAUAAGGACUAUGCUUUAUUGUGUUGAUGUUUAUAGCUUCGUAUUUGAAAAGGAGUCUGAAAAAUCAGUAAGAGGUUUUGCUUGGGGGUUCUUAUUUGAGGAUCACGACUUGCUCAUUAGUAUGUGACUUUCCUGUAGAAUGAAAGAUAAGAGUUUUCUGGGAAUCUGAAAGUUCCACAUGAAGCUGACACUGUACAUUUAAAAAUUACAUAUGCUGAUUUAGAAUUUUAUUGUGAAUUCUUUAAACCUUGGUCAAAUAUGUAUUAAUUCACUCAUGUGUUUAUGCCCUUACCUAAUAAACAGAUGUUAAGUCCUGC